UUUAUAAAACGUCUGUGCAGCAGCUCAAAGCUUCAUUUUGACUGAAACAUGUCGACCAAACAUGUUCAGCGGCUCUCCAGCUACAAGCACAAGGGGAAAGAUCCAGCAGCUUUCAGAGAGAAGAGGAUCGCCGAGUGUGUGGAGCUACGAAAGGUCCAGAAGAAUGAGAGUUUCAUGAAGAAGAGAAACCUGACGCUGUCCUCGCUCCCUGACGAGGAGGCGCUGUCUCCUCAAAACGCGACCCUAAAGAUCGAAGACAUAGUUCGAGAUGUGAACAGCGAAGAUAGAGCCUCUCAGACAAGAGGCUGCCAGGCCGCCAGGAAGUUGCUCUCUCAGGGCUGUGACCCUCCGCUGAAGGAGAUCAUUGACGCCGGACUGCUGUCGCGUUUUGUCUCCUUUCUUUCCAUGGACGACGAGCCAACUCUGCAGUUUGAGGCAGCGUGGGUUCUCACAAAUGUCGCCUCUGGCACCUCUUGGCAAACGCAACAGGUUGUGGAAAGUGGGGCCGUUCCAGCUUUCAUCGGCUUACUGGCGUCGCCGAUGUUGCACAUCAGCGAGCAGGCCGUCUGGGCCCUUGGAAACAUUGCAGGGGAUGGAGCAGCUUUUCGCGACCUCCUCAUUGAGUGUAACGUCAUCCCGGCCUUGUUGGCUCGCAUCUUCCCAGACACACCAGUUGGCUAUCUCCGUAAUCUAACCUGGACAUUGUCGAACUUGUGCCGGAACAAGAACCCGUCCCCCCCGCUGUCUGCUGUCCAGCAGAUGCUUCCUCCUAUAAUUCAGUUGCUCCACCUUAACGAUAAGGACAUCUUGUCUGAUGCAUGCUGGGCAGUUUCUUACCUUUCUGACGGCUCCAAUGACCGAAUUGAUGUUGUUGUCAAAACUGGCAUUGUUCCGCGGCUGGUGGCGCUGAUGGACCACCAGGAGCUCUCAGUUAUGACCCCGGCUCUCCGGUCCAUUGGAAACAUAGUCAGUGGGUCGGACUUCCACACCCAGAUGGCGAUCGACGGUGGAGUUCUAAACAUUUUGCCCAAGUUGAUGCGGCACCAAAAGCCUUCUGUGCAGAAGGAGGCUACCUGGGCUUUAUCAAAUAUUGCUGCAGGUUCCUGCAAGCAAAUCCAGCAGCUCAUCACAUGUGGUCUCCUUCCCCCCCUAAUAGAGCUCCUCAGAAAUGGAGACUUUAAGACUCAAAAGGAAGCCGUAUGGGCAGUGACCAAUUUCACCAGUGGGGGGACUGUGGAGCAGAUUGUCCUCUUGGUGCAGAGUGGUGCACUGGAGGCAAUCAUCAACAUGCUGCAAGUUAAAGAUGCCAAAGUCAUUUUGGUCAUCCUGGAAUCCAUUAAUAACAUAUUUAUGGCUGCAGAGAAACUGGGAGAAACUGAAAAGCUUUGCCUGCUGAUCGAGGAGCUGGGAGGACUGGAACGGUUGGAGAUGCUUCAGAACCAGAACGACACGGUGUACCGGACCGCACAGAACCUCAUCGAGAAAUACUUCAGUGACGGGGACAGUGAGGGAGUCCAGGCUGCUGCCAUUCAAGAUGAAUUUGUAUUUCGAACUUCUGAUGUUCAGAGAUUUGAAUUUUAAAUUGUUUAAAAAGACUUAUUAAUGGAUCCAUUUGGAGGAAAAUGUCUAAACUGCACACCUCCAAGCUACAUAUGUUUGCACUUUUAAAUCCCAACUUUCUAAGAAAUAAAGAGAUCGAACAUG